AUGUUUCUGUCGGACGCUGCCGUGCCCGUGUUCACUUUCACGAUACUGUUGAGUUUCUUAUAUUUGUACUCACCCAUCGAAUCGAUGGAAUCCGGCAGGAUCUACCAGUUAUGCGAGGAUUGUCUGAAAUCGAAGUGCCACACUGAAAAAAAAAGGCCAUGCUAUACCAGAUGGGACCCUGAGUACAAUUUCACAUGCUUCCUGUGUCCACACGAAUUUGGCAACAAACAGUUCUACACCGAAGAAGACUGCUUAGAGGGCUGCACGGACGAGGACUAUCAUUGCGUUUGCGACUUUUCGUGUUACAUGUGCGUCCAAAAAGAAGGCUUUGAUAAGGCCAAUUUCACGGACUGCAACAUUGACCCAAACGAGGUACCAACGUGCGUGUAG